AUGACAACAUUGUUCCUACGCGCAAGCGGUGGUAAAGUGCCACUACAACACUCAUCGAAACAAAUUAUUAUUUCAAGUUCAAAAAAAAUAGGAAAGCGCCAAGCUUAUUAUUCUUUUCCAAAAGGGGUAAGAUUUUACAGCCCCAUACCUCUAACUACCCAUAUUAAAUUACCAAAUGGUUUAGAGUAUGAUCAACCAACAGGAUUGUUUAUUAACAACAAGUUUGUUGAAUCCAAACACAAAAAAACAUUUGAAGUAAUUAAUCCUUCAACCGAAGAAGAGAUUUGCCAAGUUUAUGAAGCCAGAGAAGAAGACGUCGAUUCUGCCGUUGAUGCAGCUGAACAAGCAUUCAAAAGUGGUAGUUGGUCUAAGGUUGAUCCCUUAAUCAGAAACGAAUGCUUGCAUAAAUUAGCCGAUUUGAUCGAGGAGAACAAGGAAAUUGUCGCUUCUAUUGAUACUUUGGAUAACGGGAAGGCCAUCCAAUCUGCAAGAGGUGAUGUUGAAUUGAGUAUUAGUUAUCUCAGGUCUUGUGCUGGUUGGGCUGAUAAAAUUGACGGUAGGGUGGUCAAUAGUGGUUCCACUCAUUUCAAUUAUACCAAAAAGGAACCUUUGGGUGUUUGUGGCCAGAUCAUCCCUUGGAAUUUCCCAUUGUUAAUGUGGGCUUGGAAAAUCGGUCCUGCUGUUACUACCGGUAACACUGUUGUUUUGAAAACCGCUGAAUCUACUCCUUUAUCUGCUUUGUAUGUUGCUCAAUUUAUCCCCAAGGCUGGUUUUCCACCGGGUGUUAUUAAUAUUGUUUCUGGCUUUGGUAAAAUUGUUGGUGAAGCGAUCACCAGACACCCCAAGAUUAAGAAAGUCGCCUUUACCGGUUCUACAGCAACCGGUAUUCACAUUUAUAAGAAUGCCGCUGAAACUUUGAAAAAAGUGACUUUGGAAUUGGGUGGUAAGUCACCAAAUGCAAUUUUUGCUGAUGCUGAUUUAAAAAGAGCUGUUUCCAAUGUGAUUUUGGGUAUUUUUUACAAUUCCGGCGAAGUUUGUUGUGCUGGGUCAAGAGUCUACGUUCAAGAGAGUGUGUAUGAUGAAUUUGUCAAGGAAUUGAAAGCUGCUGCUGAUGCCUUGAAAGUUGGCGAUCCAUUUGAUGAGUCUACGUUUCAAGGUGCACAAACCUCUGCUAACCAAUUGGAAAAGAUUUUGAAAUAUAUCGAUAUUGGUCAAAAAGAGGGUGCAACUUUGGUAACUGGUGGUCAAAGAUUGGGCGAGAAGGGCUAUUUUGUGAAGCCAACCAUUUUUGGUGAUGUUAAGGAAGAUUUUAGAAUUGUUAAAGAAGAAAUCUUUGGGCCAGUGGUAACCGUCACUAAGUUCAAGGAUAUUGAUGAAUUUGUUACCUUGGCUAACGAUAGUGAUUAUGGCUUAGCUGCUGGUGUUCAUACCACUAAUAUAAGCACUGCAUUAGAGGUGGCCGACAGGUUAGAUGCAGGAAGUGUCUGGGUUAACACUUAUAAUGAUUUCCAUUAUAAUGUCCCAUUCGGUGGUUAUGGUCACUCUGGUAUUGGAAGAGAGAUGGGCAGUGAAUCUUUGGAUAACUAUACCCAAGUUAAGGCUGUAAGAAUCAAGUUAUAA